AUGCUCGGCAAGUACUCAUUGACUUCGCGUUAUGCUCGUCGCGAUUUAGUGCCAUCGACAUCUUCGGCGUCAUCAUCAUCAGCUGAUAAUCAGCUCAAUGAACGAUCGAUUUUAAUUCGUUGUACCAUUUUAAUGGGUAUCGAUAUAUGCAUCUCAUUGAUUGCCUCUUAUGUAAUUUAUAAAGUGAUCACAAAAUCUUUGGUUUUUCCGGUGGAAAGAGGAUUCUAUUGUCAUGAAAUUCAAGAGCUUAGUAGUCCGUGCUUUUUGUUAGCCGUAAUUGUAAAUCAGUUAUGUAAGUGUGCCAUUGGACGUUUACGUCCGAAUUUUCUGGCAGUUUGCGAUCCAAGAUGGGAUAAAAUUGAUUGUACCUCUGAUCCGUAUCGAUUGAUCACGAAUGCAUUCUGUCGUGGCUCUCCAAAAGCGAUCAAGAAAGCGCGUACUAGCUGUCCAAGUGGGCAUGCAACAGCGUCAGUGUUAGCGAUGUGUUUUCUGAUAUCGUAUUUCGAUAAGAUUCUACCGAAAUCUGCGUUUAACGGUACCAUGAAAAUGAUUCAGUAUAUUGUUCUCAUCACCUUCUAUUUAUGGAAUGGUUAUUGUUUGGUGACACGCAUUACGGAUAUGUGGCAUUUUCCUUCAGACGUAAUUUACGGUGCUCUGAUUGGUUUUUUGGCGGCAUAUAUCUUCUUCAUGCGAAAACGUCCGCAAAAUAAUCAUCGAAAAUUCCACACUUUAAAAUCCUAA